AUGGAUGAUACAGUCAAUGUUUGGGCUCAAGACGUAGGCCAGGAUACUACUAAGCCUCUAAAAACGCCAUCUACUCAAAAAAACACGUUUUUAACGAAGAGUUACUCAAAGUUGAUACUUCCGCACAGUUUAUCACAAUUAAUUGACGAGAGCAUACCAAUUGAUGACUCAGAAGAGGAAGAACAUGAUCAAUGGAGCUUAUACAAUCUACUGGACUAUACAAAAAAUGCACGAAAAACCAUGAAUGCACUUACAAGUAGUGCAAGCGGCGAUCUCACAUUGUUUUUGCAUUACAGUAAAAGUCAUCUAUCACAGGAAUUAAACAAGACAGCAAAGAAAUGGGCCUCUGAUGAAAGAUCUAGGAAUGAAGAGAAUAAUAACUUUCAGACUUCAACAGGCUUAAAAAGUGAUUACUCUUCUGCGAUCUUUUCGUGGAGUUCGUCUACGAAAGGAGCUCAGUCAAUUCCCGUCGAGAUCAAAGAAAAGAGCUCUAAUUCAGAGCCAUCAGUUAAUGAGAAACUUUAUAACAAGGCAUACAAGAAUUUAACCAAAAUAUAUCGGGAAAUAAAAAAAUCGGAAGAAAAGGACUAUUUAAGAGCUCAAAGAAGCGAUUCUAGCAGAGCAACAUCUCCUGGAUUGGGAACGGAAACCGGUUUUAAAGUUGAUCCUUUGAAGCAGUUUGAAGCUCGGGCACUGCCUCGCAAGACGAAGAAGAAGCACCAUCACGAGAAGAAGAAAAGAUCCAGUUUUCUAUGGUUUUGGGGAAAGAAAAGUGAGGACACGCACAAGAAAGCUGUGCGAGAAGACAGUACAUCGGACGUAUUGGAGCAGCCUUCUGGGCAUGAGCCUCCUUUCGCAGAAGAGCAGCUUGCCCCUAAUGAGGACCUUCAAGAAGACAAUCGCAGCGGCUUAAAUCUAGAAAAUUCAAGCAUUGGUGAUGAUUUAGAUUUUGCAUCACCCGAUCCGUCGAUAAGUGAAGUGCAGCGACCAGUAAAAGAUGAGCCAUUAGGACAUGUUCCACCGAGGGUUCUUCGAGAGGAUACUCUGGAAUCUCUAAAAGACACCAAAACUGAACAUGAGAAUGCCGAUGAGGAUGCUUUCGGACAGUUCGAAUCUGCGACCUCAAUCGCGAGCAGCAUAGACAGACCUCCUUCUGUGAUUCCUGCGCUUGCCAGUGGCUCAAUUCCAAUGAGUUCAUUUACACCAUUACAACCAAAAAAGAAAACAUGA